AUGAAUCUCGUGACGGCAUCCCGUGACGGAAAAGAACCGUCUGGCAUCGUGCUCAUCUCCUCGACCACCCCAGCGGCCUCAGCGACCCUGCACAACACCUUGAAGGCCGGUCAAGCAGUCAGAAGUUGUGCGGCAGUCCACUUCCAAGGCCCGGCUCUAGUCUUCAGCGACAUCAGGAGCGUCCCGGCGGCCGUCCCGCCCUUGCCAAAUGCUGGGGGUGUGCGAGGGGGCCGCCCCUCCUAUGCGGCAAAGCAGGGAGCCGCCGACUUUGCGUUCGACUACGGGCUCGCCUUCAGCUUGCGGCCUGCAGAGGCUUUUGCUCGGGGCGGAUCCGGCUCAACGUGCCUCGGGCGCGCAUGCGGCAGGAAGGGGGCGGUCUACGCUCGAGGGGGCGAACCCUUUAUUUGGGAGCGAAAACGAAACCGAGGCGGAGCAGUCAUCUGCCGAGGCGGAGGGGGGCAUCUCUUGUGCUUGCGGUGCGUGGAGGCCCAGUACGAAGAAGGAAGCCCCUUUAUUUCGAGCGCAUCCGGGGGCCCUGUUCCUCAGCAAGAGCUCUUCACAAAGUACGAAGUGGUCCCCAGCACGAAAGAGGUUCGGGAGGUACGGUCGGGGGAGGAGGCGAGCGAGGGCGGCCACCAAUUCUUCGUGCAAAGGAGGGAUCUCGCCCCCUGCCCGUAUUGCCGUGAGCCCAAGGCGGCCGCUCUGGCGAGGCGCGGUGUCAAGAGAACGCUUGAAGAGGGGCCGAGCCCACGAGAGCUUGGCACGGUGGCGCUCCUCCGCCCGUUUGCGCGCGAGGUCACGAGCGGCGUGCCUUGGGUGUUGCCGCUAGAGCAAGGGGGGUGCGUCGGGGGUGCACUCUUUGGGCUAGACGCGAAGGCGUGGAGAGGGGGGCCGCAACUUCGAGUGUUCGUCGUGAACAACCCUGGGGAGAAGCCCGUGGUUUGCGUGUUCUGGGGAGAGAAUGCGCACUGCAGCGAUGUAGAGUGUUCGGGUUCAGAGCGGUGUUGGCAUCUUGUGGGGGUGCUCUCAAAGCAAACCUUGCUUCUGAUUGAGCGCGCAGCAGACGGAGGCGGGGUUGAGGCGAAGCAAACCCUUGCUGAGCGGCGGGCAGAAAGGGUUGGACAGCGGGAAGCCGGAGCGAGGAGGCUCUUUGUCUGCAACGACCCCGCGUGCCGGCGACCCGACUCGAGAGUUGCGUGCACCCACCAAGAGACCCUCGAGCCUUGGGAGUGCCUCUCUGCGGCGGCGCUCGACAUGGGGCAUAGCCACAAGCGAAUUGACACCGUCAUGAGUCGGGGGGGAGCUCGUGUCACGAGCCUUUGUGAACGGUGGGGCGAGGAGGGCGUGCGACGGCGGGAGGAGGCCCGCCACUUUUGCGCUCCACGACCCGCCGAGUUGCUCUCUCCAUGCGGCCGUCCAUGGCAGCUGGAGAGUAGGAGAGGGUCUCUAACGACGGCUGGGGGGCGCUAUCCGAUCACCACCUAUCGAAGGGUCUGCCGCAUCGCUCCCGGGCGCGAGGCGGCAUGCUGCUCAGUAGCCUACGACGGCCAGGAAGACGGCAUCUUUAACUUCUCCGGCACCAACCUCGUCUCGCACGGCCUCCUCUUGCGCAACCACUUUGCGGCGGCCCUGGGGGCGGCCCAUAGCCUCAACUUUGAGGCGGGGGACAUGGCCACGAGGUGCCUCGAGGGGCCGGACGUCCCUAGGCUGGACGACCGGGUGUUCGACUCGGCGAUGCAAGCCUUCAACGACCUCGCCGCCCGGCCUCGGAUCCAA